AUGGUUCCAUCUAUCCACCCCAGCAUACGCCCUUCCAUUGGCCCUACUGCUAGUACGAUGCCAAGCCAUGAGCCUUCCACAUCGCCAUCUGUGAGCUUUGAGCCGAGCGUCAGUCCAUCGGACCGACCGAGUAGCAGCGCGAGACCAAGUGCUAGACCGACUUCAUCACCGAGUGCGAUAUCCCAAAGUCCAUCAAUGUCGCCAUCUACCUUCCCAAUGAAUAUGCCAAGCAGCGCACCAUCACUGCUACCUACCGCAAAACCUUCGAUGAAGCCGUCAGUGACUCCAUCGCAAAUGGCAUCAAUAACACCAACCGACACGAUUGCUCCUUCGAAUUUGCCAACAGCAAAGCCUACACCUUCUCCAUCCGUUGCACCGACCAUGAAGCCGACAAAGAACCCCUCGAGGCGGCCAACACAGCAGCCGAGUAAUUUGCCAACUGUGGAGCACUCCGUUCCUCCAACAUCACAGCCAUCAAGCGGGCCGACGCUGCUGUCAAGUACUGUUCCAACACACAGACCGUCGCCACAGCCAUCUCAGUUUCCAUCUUUGCGACCCACAAAAAGUCCAUCGAUCGCACCUUCAGCAUCUCCGUCAGCUCCGACACCCUCUUCUCAACCAUCGAAAAAUCCCACCGAGAGACCGUCUGCCGUGCCAACAUCGUCACCAUCUCGAAGCCCUUCCAGAGCUCCAUCAAACGGUCCAACAAUUGCUCCAUCAGAGAAUCCAUCUUCUCAAUUCCUCGUGGAACCGGUGCCUCUUUCGACGGCGACGCCUUCAGCUGCACCUACAACUACACCUUCAGCUGACCCAACAUCACGUCCAACAAAGACUCCAACAAAUGCUCCAACAUCCAGCCCAUCCAAUGCUCCGACUUCUUCUCGUGCGACUCCGUCAACAUCACCAUCCCUUCGACCAACAUCACACAAUUCCGAAAGCGAUGGUUCAUCACCUACGGCUUCACCAGUCAGCAAAGUCUCAUCCAUGACACCAAGUGUCGUUCCAUCAUCUGUACCUUCUUCAAGUACAACCCCAUCAUCCGUACCAACUAUGAUUAUGGACUUCGGAGACGACUUUGUCAUACUAUCAGUAACAUAUUCCAUGGAAAUUUCCAGUGAGUUAAACACCACGGAGGAAUAUUUGGAGGCGGCAUGCACAGUGCUUGGUUCCUACCUGAAUGAGCAGACAGAGUCGACUUUCGAGGAUGGUGUUCUGACAACAUUUGAUUGCAGCAGUUGGGAUGGGAACACGGUUUCCGCCGCACAAAGUAAUCGAUCAGUGGAUGUGUUGGAUGUACUUUAUGCUGAGGCGAUAGUCACGUCAUUUUUUCCACUUUAUUCACCGACUGUACCAGACGACAGUGCAUAUGAGGGAUUGUUGAAUGAGAUGGUCCAUGCGAUGAGCCACGACGAAUCUCUACUGCAAGUUCUAUCGUCAGCAGGAGCAUCAUUGACGCUGUAUUCCGACGAUGGUUCCAAUUCAAGACAAACAAUUCUGGAGAUUGAGCACCAAGAAGAAGAAGAAGAAGAAGAGUCCUUGUAUGUGUCUGAAGCUAACGAGGAGCAAGAACAAGAACAAGCAGAGGACUCUCAUACGUCCUUCUCAUCGUCAUCAAGAACAAACACUUUGUUGUUGAUACCUGUCAUUUCAGCAAUUCUGCUAAAUAUUAUUCUGCUGUAA